GGCAAGUUCAGCACCAUCCUGCUCAGCAUGGCGCUGUACCUGCUGGGCAUGCUGGCCUUCCCCGUCAUCGCCGCGCCGCACACCCGGCAGGGCCUCUGCGGGGACAUCCCCUUGUUCCCCGUAGAGAACUGCUCCUCUCCGGCGGUCAACGCCACCAUGGCGCCUUGCUCCCAGGUGGGAGCCACCCGCUACUGUGCCACCGCCACCUUCGUGGGACUGGUCCUCGUGGGGCUGGGCGUCGGGUCGGUCAAGGCUAACAUCACCCCUUUUGGGGCAGACCAGGUCAAAGAUCGGGGUCCAGAAGCCACAAGAAGAUUUUUUAAUUGGUUUUAUUGGAGCAUUAAUUUGGGAGCUAUUCUCUCUCUGGGAGGCAUUGCGUACAUCCAACAGAACGUGAGCUUUGUCAUUGGAUACAGCAUCCCAACAGUUUGCAUCGGGAUUUCAUUCACGGUUUUCUUGUGUGGCCAGAGUUUCUUCAUCACAAAGCCGCCUGAUGGUAGUGCCUUCACAGACAUGUUCAAAAUUCUCGCAUAUUCGUGUUGCUCAAGAAAGAGACGUGUGGAGUGUUCAACUAGCAGUGAGGGCCAGGGAGUACUUCAGCAGCCGUGCAAGCAGAGCCUCUUUGAGAUGGCCAAGCUGUCUCGUGGGGGCCCAUUCAGGGAAGAUAAAGUAGAAGAUGUGAAAGCUCUCGUCAAGAUUAUCCCGGUCUUUUUGGCUUUAAUACCUUACUGGACAGUGUAUUUCCAAAUGCAGACAACGUAUGUAUUGCAAAGCCUCCACCUGAAGAUUCCUGAAAUAUCAAACGACACCAACGCCGUUCAUACGUUUCCCGCAGCCUGGCUGACCAUGUUUGAUGCAGUGCUUAUUCUGAUCCUAAUACCCCUAAAAGAUAAAUUGGUGGACCCCAUUUUAAAGAGGAAUGGCUUGCUGCCCUCCUCCCUGAAGAGGAUCGCAGUUGGAAUGUUCUUUGUAAUGUGCUCUGCAUUCGCUGCAGGAAUCCUGGAAAGCAACAGACUGAAAAUUGUAAAGGUUAAAACGAUUAAUCAGACAAUUGGGAACGUCACGUACCACGCUGCAGACAUGCCGAUAUGGUGGCAAGUUCCUCAGUAUGUCCUCAUUGGCUUCAGUGAAAUAUUUGCAAGCAUCGCAGGUCUAGAAUUCGCAUACUCCGCUGCUCCCAAAUCCAUGCAGAGUGCUAUUAUGGGGCUGUUUUUCUUCUUUUCGGGGAUCGGAUCAUUUGUUGGCUCUGGCUUGCUGGCACUGGUGUCAAUUAAAGGAAUUGGCUGGAUGAGCAAUCACACAGAUUUUGGUAAUAUUAACGGCUGCCAACUAAACUAUUACUUCUUUUUGCUGGCUGCUAUCCAAGGAGCGACCCUCCUGCUUUUCCUUAUUGUUUCUGUGAAAUACGACCAUCAGAAAUCGAAGAUUAACGAAGCGGCUGCCAACGGGAGGAUCUGA